UUUCAGAAGAUGGUAAUGACCCCUUGAUGUGAAAGUUGUUACACUGUUAUUUUCACCGAUAACACAACCUCGAAACGUCCAAUGCAGUCGCAGAGCUGGUGCUGAUAACCGCUUGUGGAAAUUGUACUUUGACCAGUGUUGCUGCAGGUCAUUUCAUUUGUUUCUGUCAGUCAGGCAGGAUCACACACACCUCACUGUCCUGCACCUGCUGCCUCAGACAUCUGGAUUCUGGUUUCGGGAGGACCCCCGCUGCCACCAUGUCAACAUCUGUACAGGUCGAGCCCGUCACGGAGACGAGCUACCAAGGAGUCGGCCGCUGCAAGUGCUCCUUCUGGUUCGCCGUGGCCCACGACAUACUCGGCGUGUUCAUCAUGAUGGUGGGGGUGUUCGGAGGGCUGGUGGUCCACGACCUGUUCGUCUACGCCGGGGCCCUCGUCAUCUUCCUCAGCCUGAUCUGGUGGGUGUUCUGGUACUCUGGCAACAUCGACGUGCCGCCCGAGGAGCUGGAGGACGACGUGGGCCUGAUCAAGCUGAGGAACCGGAGCCUCAGCCGGGCGGUGAGGCGCAUGUCCAGCCGCUUCAGGAACUCUCUCAGGAGGAGCGGCCGGAACACAGACGUGGGGCUCUCCACUAUUUUCGACAACACCAUCACCUCGACACCUAAAGAGCUCCAGAUAGAGACACUGGCCAUAUGAACUCAUCCAUCGCGGCCGCAGAGACAAUGAACUUGGAGCUUUAUGUUUGUUUCACUCGCUCGUCUGUUUAUUUUGCUGAAAGUGUUUCUGUGUUUGCUCCAGUAAUGAUUAUACAGCACUGAGGUCUUGUCUAGAUAAGAUCAACAUGUUCUUAUCUCCCUGAUAAGAGGAAAACUUUGCACACUGUUACUCUGAUUCAGUCGCUGCAGCUUUCUAAUCUGUCACUAAUGUUGUUAUAAAUCGGGUUUGGUUGAUCACAGACUUUGACGAGGUUCUGCUUAUUUAUUUGAGGAAUGCAUGUAAAUUAAAAUGUCAUCAUCUCUAUUGUAUCAACUGUCAAACAGAUGAAAUACAGUUACGGCUUUCUUUAACUUCACUGAAAAGUUCCAGGAGAUUUCAAGACUUUUAUAGUGAUGAUUUACUUUUUAUGAUCAUUAUUUUCUUUUCAUUGAAAAAAAGAAGAGCUAUUUAGUUUUUAUUGUUAUUUAAUCCUCUGAAGUAUUAGCGAAUGUGCUUUUUUAAUAGUAAGAAAGGUGGUUGUGUAACAGUAACACCUUCCUCUACGAAACACGUGAGGUGCCAGUAAAAAGCUGAUUAUGGGGCUGAGAUGAGGCAUUUACAACCUCAUGCAGUUAUAACAUAGAAAACAGUGUGUGCUUUAAAUCAAUACAUUUUGUAAACAAAGAGGAGGUGACCUCGUAUCGAUCCUCUAGUUAAGGUGCAUCAGCUGUAGUAGACCUGAUGGACUGUAAAAGUAGCCUGAGUUGAUGUUAAGCAUCGGAAUGAGGCCUCAGAAGCAUAGGUGCUGAUAUUAAAGAGAGAGUAACACAGUAUGUGUAGUAACAAGGGUCGGGCAUCUAAGUCCUCUAUCUUCUCCUUUUAUAUUAUGAUGUAAAUUACACAGAUAGGAGCUCUGGAUUUUAGCCAAUCCAGUGAAUGGAUGAACUAAAAGUACUUUAUUAUUUUAAUGCUUGGAUCCUGUACAUUCACUGUUGCAAUAAAGCGGUUCUGCUCUCUGAUUUAUAACUGAGUGAAAAUAAAUUUAAUAAAUAAAAUAAAAAAUAAAAGCUGUAUAAAAAGGGGGCGGCCUUAA